AUGGCGGCCUUGAAUAUGCGAUAUUUUAUUGUUGAGGACAACUUUUGUUCUCUUAAAUCAUUGAAUCUUGAGGGUCUUGAUGAGAUUAAGAAUAAACUUACUGAGCUUGAAGAGUUUAAGACUUUGAAAAAGCACGUUGAUAAGACUGUCAUUGCGGGAGUUGCUAGUCUUGUUACUAUCCGUGAAACACGUAUUGAAGCUCCUAAAUCAAAGGAGUUUCGUGAUACAGAAACAAUAUACACAAAAAAAAUAAGGCAAAAAGAGAAAGAAAUAGAGAUGUCUGAUUGGGGGCCCGUAUUGAUAGCAGUGGUGUUAUUUGUACUAUUGAGUCCAGGUUUAUUAUUUCAAUUGCCUGGUAGACACAAAAUAGUUGAGUUUGGGAAUAUGCAAACUAGUGGACUCUCUGUACUUGUUCAUACUGUCCUCUAUUUUGCACUCAUUACUAUCUUCCUUAUUGCUAUUGGAGUUCACAUCCAUACUGGCUAGCCUUUUAUUCAUGCAACUUCUUUUUUUAAAAAAAAAAAAUUGAUGUACUUGUGUUUCUUUCUUAUAUUUUUGUUACAAUGUUCUAUUUGGAUGUUCGAAUU